AUGGUGUCCCCCCUUCUCUCACCUCCCGCCCCUAGACCAGACGAGUUUCCUCGAGCUUCAGUCGCCUCGGAUGAUGAUCGCAAAUUCCGCAACUUUCGGACAACUGGACUGGAAAGUUCUGCAAUCGCCCGAAUGAUGGACGGGUUACACAAUAGGUCCGGCAAGCAGCAGGACACGGACAUUUUUGCGGGGUCCUCACAAGUCAGGAGAAAAUGUCCCGAAACCCGACAGCUCCAACCGUCCCCUUUGAAUUUGCUAGAUGGAGGCUUCGAAGCUUCGGUGGUCUCCGAAGCCCCAGAUGCUACGAAGAGAAGACCUUUGGGUGUAGAACCACACCAAAAUGGUCCUCAGGUCAAUGGACACAGCACUAGCCAUCACCGGUCUGCAAGUCAGCGAACUACGAACGGCGACCAGAAAAACAUACAGCACUCCUUACCACCCGAUCAGGCUUUUGGCAUGGUCUUUGAGCAUUCUCAGGCACCUGACAUUGUCAAUGGCAGCAAGUCACAUAGGACUUCUUUGGUGGAUGUCAUUGAUGGAUCCGAAGUUGCGACUGUUCUAAACCAGUGGUCUAGAGAGGUCUCUCCAGCCAGGAACCAGGACAAGGAUCGAGAGCGUGUUCCGAAACUAUCUCCCGCCAAAAUACAAGAACUCACUUCGUCACCUCAGUCGAUUCCUUAUCGCGCGGCAGAUAACGAACAAAGUCACAGGGUUGUUUCUGAUCAAACGCAUGCUUCAAACUCGCAAAUAACCUUGACGGACGAUGCCUCGCCCCUAUUAAAGGAUAUAAAGUUACCACCCGAUCAUGCCACGAAAUCCCAAACAAACAAAGAAUUCACUUUUGACGGAGGCUUGGCAAGACCACCCACAUCGUCAAUUCGACAUCGCUCACAAAGCUCACGGGCUGUUUCUACCCCAACCUCCGCUCGGCGACAAACGCUACCCAGCAACGAGCGCCUUGCACAAACGUGGGCAUCCCGGUCGAAACAGGAUCGUCCCAGCAUAGGUCGGGAAUCAGACUCUAAGAACCUGAAUUCUGCACCACAAAUGGCCGAUUCUGCACUGCCUUCACCCAUGCCACCGUCUAUUCCCCUGCCUCCUUUGUCUGUUCCGACUUACCUACAAUUAGAACUUGCAUCGGGCCGACCCUCCCCCUUGUACAUACAUCCCUCGGCCGCCAGCGACUUCCCCUUUAUUAUUAAAGGCGUGGGAAGAGUAUGGCGAAGGCGCAACAAGGUAUCGGGAGAUGGAACGCACCUGAUUUCAGAAGCUGAAGGCCGGUCGCGACAGGAGCCAGCUGGAACUGAACGCGAUAUGAAAGCGAAAGCAGCGGAGGCGCGCAGACGGUGCCGCUCCGAUACACAUCACAAGUAUCAACACCGCCGACAAAAGUCCAUUCCGUCCGCACUGCUUCCUGAUGAUAAGGCAGAUAUUCUCAAGGGUCUACUAAUGAUUGCCACAUGCGCUGUUCUCAUGUACUUUGACGCAAGCCGGAUGUAUCACUGGAUCCGAGGACAGGCCGCCAUCAAACUUUACGUGAUCUACAACGUGCUGGAAGUCAGCGACCGGCUAUUUGCAGCCAUCGGACAGGAUGUGUUGGAGUGUCUUUUCUCGCGGGAGGCUUUGGAACGUCGGCCAAAUGGACGAAGCAAAGUCUUCCGGCCUUUUGGGCUCUUCCUGUUGGCGUUGGCCUACACGGUGGUACAUGCCACGGCGCUUUUUUAUCAGGUCAUGACGCUGAAUGUGGCUGUCAAUUCAUACUCAAAUGCUUUGCUCUCUUUGCUACUAUCGAAUCAGUUUGUCGAGAUUAAGUCCACUGUCUUUAAGAAAUUUGAGAAAGAAAACUUGUUUCAGUUAACUUGCGCAGAUGUGGUGGAGCGCUUUCAGCUUUGGCUUAUGCUCACCAUCAUUGCGUCGCGCAAUAUCGUCGAGACGGGCGCAUUCAACUUCAUUGGCAACCUGGGCUCCAGUUUCAGCAGUCAGUCGACGAGCACCAAUAGCACACCGUUGUCAACGCCACCGCGAACCAUGUCGUCGAUCCUACCGCAGUCGUUCACGAUUGUGCCUUCAUCCAUCAUUGCGUCCUUCAGUCAUGUGAAUUCGUUUCUCCCCACUCUCGCCCAGGUCCUCGGGCCUUUUCUGGUUGUGUUGGGAUCCGAGAUGCUUGUUGACUGGCUCAAGCAUGCAUACAUCGGCAAAUUCAAUAACACCCGCCCCGCCAUCUACAAGCGUUUCUUGGACGUGCUGACGAAAGACUACUACACGAAUGCCUUUGGAGAUCAGAAUCUAACCCGUCGGUUGGGACUGCCGGUCAUCCCGUUGUCUUGCCUCUUCUUUCGGGUUUCUGUCCAGACGUAUCAGAUGUUCCUGGCCGCUUUGCUGCCGCAACACCCCUCAUCCACGGCAGUGGAGUCGACAUCGUUAUCUUCUAUCUAUAGCCACUACGUCCCCGCUCCGAUCCCGUCUCCACCGCCGCUGACGCUGCGGACGAUCGUGCCAGCAUCUGCGGCACAUAUGAACGCUUUUUUACGGCAGCUCCUAGCGAAUACCAUGCCAUCCCCAGCGCAGUCCGUGUACAUCUUCACCGUCGUUCUCAUUCUGACGGGAUAUGUGGUGUUACUGAUCGUGAAACUGCUCCUAGGAAUGGUGUUAUUAGCCUAUGCCCGCUCCCGCUACCGAGCGAUGAAACAGCGCGAGACGGAGCAAUCAUCUCAUGAGAAUGGUGGCCCGCCCCGCGCACGAGAAUAUGCGGUAGAGGGCAGUCGUCGGUUUGGUGGGUGGGGAGUGGUGGAAGUCAAUGACGACCACCGACGGUGGAUCUACACGGAUGAUCCCGAGGGACUACGACGGCUGAAGGCCAAAGAAGAAAAGGAGAAGAAUUCCAAGGAGGAAUUGAACAUGGAUCAUGUUCGACGGUAUGAGAUGGUAGCCAAGAGGAUCUGGUGA